AGCAGCAAAGCAAAAAUCGAAUUUGGCUUCUCUCACAGCUAUGGCGGCCAAAUCCAACGGCCAGGCCCUCGCCGGCCCCACCAAUCCAAUGGUGACGCCUCUCCUCACCGAUCUCUACCAGUUCACCAUGGCCUACGCUUACUGGAAAGCCGGCAAGCACAACGAACGCGCCGUGUUUGAUUUGUAUUUCCGGAAGAAUCCGUUCGGCGGCGAGUACACUGUGUUCGCCGGUCUAGAGGAAUGCAUCAAAUUCAUUGCUAAUUUCAAAUUGGCCGAGGACGAAAUCGAUUUCGUCCGCCAAUCCUUGUCUUCUUCGUGUGAGGAAGGAUUCUUUGACUAUCUGAGAGGAGUUGACUGUGCCGAUGUCGAAGUGUAUGCUAUCCAGGAGGGAUCAGUUGUUUUUCCGAAGGUUCCUUUGGUUAGAGUUGAAGGACCUAUCGCUGUGGUUCAGUUGCUCGAAACACCGUUCUUGAAUCUCAUUAACUACGCGUCAUUAGUUUCUACAAAUGCCGCGAGGCAUCGUUUCGUUGCUGGAGAAUCUAAAAUGCUACUCGAGUUUGGGCUUCGUCGAGCUCAGGGACCUGAUGGUGGAAUAGCGGCAUCUAGGUACUGCUAUAUGGGAGGAUUUCAUGCAACAAGUAAUGUUGCCGCUGGAAAGAUAUUUGGGAUCCCGCUUCGUGGAACACAUUCACAUGCUUUUGUCAGCUCAUUCAUGAGCCCAGACGAGAUUAUAGAUAAAACACUGCAUAGCAGUGAUAAAAGCAGUACUUGUGAGGAUUUUGUUAGCCUGGUUCAGACUUGGUUGAGCAAAAUUCAGUGGUCAAAGUCAUUAAAUGGUACUUUUGGUGAGACCAAUCAAAGUGAGCUUGCAGCUUUCACAUCUUAUGCCCUGGCAUUCCCUGAUAACUUUCUAGCUCUUGUAGACACAUAUGAUGUUAUGAGGAGCGGAAUCCCCAACUUCUGUGCAGUUGCUUUAGCAUUAAAUGAUUUAGGGUACAAAGCAGCUGGUAUUAGGUUGGAUUCAGGUGAUCUGGCAUAUCUCUCCUCUGAGGCUCGUAAGAUUUUCAACAUCAUUGAGAAAGAAUUUGGAGUACCUGGAUUUGGAAAGACACUUAUCACAGCUAGUAAUGAUCUAAAUGAAGAAACUUUGGAUGCUUUAAAUAAACAGGGCCAUGAGGUUGAUGCAUUUGGAAUUGGGACCCAUGUAGUUACUUGCUAUGCUCAAGCUGCUCUUGGUUGUGUUUUCAAGCUUGUUGAGAUAAAUAAUCAACCUCGCAUCAAGCUUUCUGAAGACGUUACAAAGGUCUCUAUCCCUUGUAAAAAACGAUCUUACAGAUUGUUUGGGAAAGAAGGUUAUCCCCUGGUAGACAUAAUGACUGGAGAAAAUGAACCACCUCCAAAGGUUGGAGAACGGAUCCUGUGUCGUCACCCCUUUAAUGAAUCAAAGAGAGCAUAUGUAGUACCACAGCGUGUUGAGGAACUUAUGAAAUGCUUUUGGCAUGGCCCAGAUGGAGUGAGAGAAGAUUUGCCACCAUUGAAGGACAUACGGGAGCGCUGCAUCAGCCAACUCAAGAAAAUGCGUCCUGACCACAUGAGGAGACUAAACCCCACUCCGUAUAAGGUUAGUGUAAGUGCGAAAUUGUACGACUUCAUUCACUUCCUAUGGCUCAACGAGGCACCUGUCGGGGAAUUGCAGUGAGAGUCACCCUGUAAUAGCAAGGGUAACAUGAAGCAGUCCACUUUUCUCAGCGCAAGCAACAAUUAAAGGUCUAGCCGUUUAGGAGCUUCUUGAAAUAGUAUUAUUACCACAUAGUCAUGAAUGUCCAGUUACAUAAGUAGUUUAAAUUGAGGAACAUGGAUUUUUCUUGUUAAUAGUAGUUGCUUCCCAUUCUUCAACAGCUGCAUCGAUUUUGAAUGAAAUAUGAUUCUCUUUUUGUACCAUUUUGAGAUACAUGUAAGCAGAAAUGGAAAUUGAUGCAAAG